AUCCUACAUGCAAAGAAAACUGGUUUUGUUGUGGAGCAUGAUUUCAUCAUGGCUACGUACUUGGCCGAUAGGGUCAUUGUUUUUGAGGGUGAACCCUCCAUCAAUACAACUGCUAACACGCCACAAGGAUUACUUCCUGGUAUGAACAAGUUCCUGAAAUCUCUUCAAAUCACAUUUAGACGAGAUCCCAACAACUUCAGACCACGAAUCAACAAGUUGAACUCUGUAAAAGACUCGGAACAAAAGAAGAGUGGGCAAUACUUUUUCCUGGAAGACUAAAAUCAAUCAGACUUUUAAUAAUGGAGUAACAUCACUUAAAACUAUUUACAAGAUGUUACUCGUUCACUCUGCCAAUCUCAGCUGCCAGGCGGACCUGUCGCAGGGAUUUGUACUCUAAUUACUACAGUGUACAGCAGACCACAUUAAAUGUGUAACGUUAAAGGGUGCAUAUUUACACUACCCUGAAAUGUUGUAUUAUAAAAAUUAAUAUGUAUGCCUUUCUUACGCAACCA